UCCAAACAACACGGUGUGUUUCCGGUUUAAUGAAUCAGCGCGCUGAAUUUAACAUACUGCUUUCUGGCAGCAACAAGCGGCGAGUCAUGGAGAUGGAUGGUGACAGAGAGGAGGUGGGGAACAUCAACGUGGAGGUUCAUGUUAAAUCACACAGCACCGCUAAACUGUCAGAGGUGAGGAUGCACAUUCUGGCUCUGCUGAAUCGCCACAGCAUGGUUUUUGGAAACUACAGAUGGACAGAGUUUGACGAAGACUUUCUGAGGAAAAAUGUGGAGUCCGUGGCCAUAGUGGAUAUUGAGGAAAUAGUAACACAGCCCCUUGAUUUGAAAAGCUCCUCUGUGUCUGUUCACAUCUUCACAUUGAAUGAGGAUCAACCCAGCACACUCAGUUUGGAAGACGACGAAGAGCUUUCAGCAGCAAAUCACUGGCUGUUACCAACAGCUGAAUUCCAUGGGAUUUGGGAGAGCCUGGUGUAUGACAGCGGAGUCAAAACACAGCUCCUGGAUUAUGUCACUACAACAAUUUACUUCUCAGACAAAAAUGUUGACAGCAACCUGAUUUCAUGGAACCGUGUUGUGCUGCUUCAUGGACCGCCAGGUACUGGGAAAACAUCAUUGUGCAAAGCUCUUGCCCAGAAGCUGACAAUCAGACUGUCAAGUCGGUAUUCUUAUGGCCAAUUUGUUGAGAUAAACAGCCACAGCCUGUUCUCAAAGUGGUUCUCAGAGAGUGGCAAGCUGGUCACAAAGAUGUUUCAAAAGAUCCAACAACUCAUUGAUGACAAAGAAGCUCUCGUGUUUGUCCUGAUCGAUGAGGUGGAGAGUCUGACAGCAGCUAGAAAUGCCUCCCAGGCAGGAACAGAGCCUUCUGACGCCAUUCGAGUCGUCAAUUCUGUUCUCACCCAACUGGACCAGAUCAAACGACAUUCAAACGUUGUGAUCUUGACGACUUCCAAUGUGACAGAGAAGAUUGACUUGGCAUUUGUGGACAGAGCCGACAUCAAGCAGUACAUUGGACCCCCAUCUGAGAAAGGCAUCUACAAUAUCUAUCUCUCCUGCCUCGAGGAGCUGAUGAAGUGCCAGAUCAUCUACCCCCGGCAGCAGCUGUUUACCAUGUUUGAGCUGGAGACGAUGGGCUUUGCUGAGAGCGAGGUGUCUGAACACAGUCUGAAGUUGAGGAACAUUGCUGUAAAAAGCAAAGGUUUAAGUGGAAGAGCACUGAGGAAGUUGCCUUUUCUCGCCCAUGCACUGUUUGUGAGGUCGCCGACAGUGACCCUUGAGAGGUUUCUGGAGGCCAUGGAGCGAGCAGUGGCUAAACAAAGGGAGGAAAAAUCUAAUCUGGUCAAUGGGUUCUGAUCUUAUUACAAUGCUGACAUGUGAUUGUUCAUGAGAUCUCGGUCCUAUUUCCUGUUUCCAGUUCAAAGAAACCAUAACCCGUACGUCUUUUUUUUAAGCUUAAUCUGUGCUUUUUGACAGCACUAUGUUAAAUACUGUACAUUUACGAGAAACAUUGUUUAACAAAUGUUAAUUUGGUGUAAGAUGGAAUACCCAUCCAGUGCUUGAAUUUUGUUAUUGUUUACUACUUUCUCGUCUCCACCAUGUUUAAAGUUUUAAUAUAACAUGCAGCUUUAACUUUAAUAAUUCCUUUCAUAAUGUCAUUGAUGCACACACAAGCUCAAUCUGUGCAUUUGUUUCUUGGAAAUGGCAGCUUGUCCGACAGAAAUAAGAAGCAGUUCCACGAUGUUCCCGAGGCCUCAGUGGAAGGCGAAGCAGCAGAAGUAAAGAAAUCAUAUUGUAGUUUCCUACAUUGCGUGUUAAAGGUUUUUUUUCAUAACGUGCCUGCCUCUUAUUUUUGAUGGACAAGCUGCUUGUUGUACAAUUACCUUGGCUUUGUUUGUCCUCUCUUCUGGUUUUAAAAGGUGACAUUUCUCUUGUUCGGGAAAUAUUCUUUUGCCAUUGUCAGUUCUAUAUCAUCUUUGCACUCUUUGCUAUUUUAUUUUGUAUAAAACACUGUAAUAAAUUGUUUAAAAUUGUGA